GAAAUAUGCUAGCAUGAAGAUUACGUAUUACUUUUUAUCUUGUACUACAAUGCGUAGGCUUACAAGCUACAAGCCAAACAAACCCAGUACUGUUGUUCACGCAUGCUCAGUUCCCCUCCUGUCCGGUGGCGGCGCUGCAGACACGCUGAGCGUACUCUAACAGUCAGCCAUCUGCCGCAGUCAGUUAGCUAGCUCCUCCAGCGGGAAUGGAAAAUGGAGGACUGACCCGAAGAACGAGGGCAUAUCAUCGGUAUUUCUAGCCUUUAGAUCCUUUGACCUUGUACCAAGACAGAUGACUACUGGUGCAAGGCUUUUGCUUUGUUUGAAGAACAACUCUGUUAAACAUCACUGCUGAACUGCAGACAUUCUGUUUGAAAGUAGUGGUUGUCCAUCAUCUAUGGAGGAGAAUGCGAGCCCUGAGCUCUGUGUAGCUCCUGAAACAGAGCAGAGCCAGGACAGUAUGGAUAGCUGCUCUCAAGGAUUUGGUGAAGGGAAUAGAUUGCAGAAAGAACCGCUUCAAACCGAGAGCGAGAAUGUGGCCAAAGAGACGAUAGAGGAGCCAGAGAACUCUUCCCCGGCCAACAGUGAGUUAAAGAAGACCUGGUCUUUCCGCCGGUCCACUGUUGCAAAAAGAGAUAUGCCAGUGGAGGCAGUAACCGACUGUCCUGUACGGCGCAGCGGCAGGCAGCCUAAGCGCACUGACAAACUAGAGGAAUUCCUAUCGACCGCCAAAAGAGGGACAAGAAGGAGCGCCCCUCCUAGUCUGGAGAGUGGAGAUCCUCCUUCCCAAACCCCAACCGAUGCAGAGACUGCCUCAGAGGCCAGCUUCGAUGGAAAUGCUGACACCAAGGCUGCAGAGGACAAGACAGAGUCCCCCGAGAGGAAGACGAGAAGCAGCACAAGGAAGCAGCCCCAACGGAAAAGUCGAGGCGGCAGACAGACUCGAGGAGGCGGUGGAGUGACAGUCAAAGAUGAGGGGAGCUCUGAGAAUGAUGAAGACAGCAGAGACGCUGCCAAGAAAGACCAGCUACAGGAUAAAGACGAAGAGAAAAAAGACGGAGAGAGUAAUCCCAGUCCUGAAGAUGUAGAGAGCACUAAUGCAGCACAGCCUCAGCCAGAGCAGGACUCUGGGGAGAAGGAGGUUGUUGAGGAGGAGAACCAACAUGGAGAUGACAACGACAAAGAGGAAACGGAGAAGGACUCGGACAAAGAGACUGACGAGGAAAGCACCGGCAAGCCUGCAUCGAUGACUGUCAAACGUGGACCCAUAAGAACAUACAUCAAUAAAAAGAGGGCAGCCACUAAGAGCACCACCCCUGUUAAAGGUCCCGCCCCCGCCAACAAGAUCACCACUCCUGUCAAGAGGGAGACAAAGCCGAAUGCCACCCAACCUUCAGGAGUAAUGCGCAACCCACAAGGCGACAACGAGGAUGAGAAUGACUCUUCGAUGUCUUCAUCUUCCUCCUCCACGUCGUCUUCCAUGGAUUCAGAUGAGGGAGGGUAUGACCCCAAUGCACUUUAUUGCAUCUGUCGCCAGAAACACAACAAAAGGUUCAUGAUCUGCUGUGACCGCUGUGAGGAGUGGUUCCAUGGAGACUGUGUGGGCAUCACUGAGGCCCGCGGGCGCCUGAUGGAGAGAAAUGGGGAAGACUACAUUUGCCCCAACUGCACCGCUAAGAAACAGCAGCUGGUCCGACCCGCCACUUCUAUGCUCUCGUCUAACAUAGAUCUGGGGAAGGCCAGAGCGCAGACUCUCAUAUUUUCUGCUGCAACCUUUGGGAUAGACGCCAGUAUGUUAGGGGUUCAGUUGGGGGGGGCACUUCCACCCUCCAGCAUUGGAGCUGAAGAGAGGGGAUCAGAGGACCAGGGCAUCAAAGGCAGGAUAGAAAAAGCCACUAAUCCAACUGGGAAGAAGAAGAUUAAGAUCUUUCAGCCGAAAGUGGUGUCAAACGUAGAGGUGAACACAACACCAACAGGGGGGGGGGAGACUCCCCCAGAGGAGACGCCCGGGCCGAAAGCUGCGGACGAGUCUUCCCUUCCCAAAUGCAUCGGGCCGGGCUGUGAGAAUAACGCUCAGCAGGACUCUGUGUACUGUGGUAACGACUGCAUCCUGAGACACGCCGCUGCAGCCAUGAAGUCCAUCACUGACGUCAAGGAGCCCAAGCAGAAGGUCAAGGCCGCAGAAAAGAAAACCAAGGCUGCACCAAAGAGGAGUGCCGCUGGUGGCAAGAGGAAACCAAAGGAAGCAGAGGAGGACUCGGACAGCGAGGGAGACUACAGCUCGGAGCCAGAUGAUGAUGAUGAUGAUGAGGAUGACGAUGAUGAGGAGGAUGACGAAGAGGAGGAGAACGCUGAGGAACAACCGCCCCCGCCGGCCACUGCAUCCUGGUCCAGCGACCAUAAUUACAUUGCAGUAACACCAGAAAAGACUACACCCAUAUCACCAACAGUUUUAAACAAAAAGUCCCCCCCUAAGGAAGAGAAGCAGAGUGAGAAGGAACCAGCUCCUGCUCAAGCAAAAGCCCCUUCUCCUACUAAAGGGAACAAGAAGUCCACGGCGACUAAAGCAGCCAAGGUUUCCCCAAAGGGCAGGAAGCCUCAGACCACCACCCCGAAGGCGUCAAAGAAACCUGCGACACCGAUGAGUAAAACUGCAGCAAAGUCCAAGAGACCCGGGCCGACACCCGUCCAAAACAAGUCUCGCUUUCCUCAGGGUCCGAUCCACGUCACAGGAGCGCUGAGAGUCACCAAGUCCAACUUUACCAUUCCUAAGAAGCAGCCCCCACAAAAGGAACCUCCAUCCUCUUCGUCUUCCAGAGUCCCAUCAAUUCCACCCUCUUCAGCUCCCUCCAGCCACUCCUCAUCCUCCAGACCUCCACAUCCAGCUCCUUCUGCGCCCACUGUGUCCCCCGUGCGGCCCCCACCAAACAACCAGAUGAGAACAAACAUCCGCCGCUCGCUGACUGACAUCAUCUUUAAGAGGGUGAGCGACAGUGACGACCUGAAUAUGAAUGAGCCUGAAGUGUCAAAGCUGUCGGUUGCCAUUGAAAAGGAAAUGUUCAACCUCUGCCUUAGCACUGACAGCAAGUACAAGAACAAAUACAGGUCCCUCAUGUUCAACCUGAAAGAUCCCAAAAACAAAGGCUUGUUCUACAGAGUGGUGGGUCGUGAGGUCAGUCCCUACAGGCUGGUGAGACUGAGCGCUGAAGAGCUGCUUUCCAAAGAGAUAUCUGAGUGGAAGAAGCCUGAUACUGCUGAGGCCCACUCUCCCAGUGCAAGGGCCCAUUCAGGGCACUCUAAACUGGGCAACAGGCAUGACUCUCAUAGCAUGGAUAUGGAUGACGCUCCACCAACAUCUGAUGGAGAUGACCAAGAUGAGUCGAUGCCCACUCCUCCAGCCUCGGCUCAGCCCUCUGCUGGGGAGGGGAACAGUGGCGGCAGCAUGCCAGACAUUUUCAGUACAAUGCUCAAGGACACUACUUCUGAACACAGGACUCAUCUGUUCGACCUCAACUGUCUGAUAUGCACAGGUCAGAGGUCAGAAGAUGAGCCUGCAGCUAAGAAAGCCAAACUGACCAAGAAGCCUGACACUAAGCCUCUGAGACACGAGCCGCCCUCCUCCAGGUCGGGGGACGUGUCUCCUCCUGUCCAAGUUCCUCCAUCCUACCAGCCGACUGUGGAGCCAGCUGUCCCAGAGCCACAGCCACAGCUGGACCUCAGUAUGCUGGCUCCUCUGGCCCAGGCCCCCACACCCAUCGCCCCCACCGUGUCCUCAGUCAGCAUCACCCGCAGAGACCCCCGCAUGGCCAGGCACAGCGCCGCGGUGACUGUCACCUACCCGGCUGCAGAGAGACUCCCCAACAGCUCAGCAGAAGCCCUCCCAGCUCCCCUCAGCGCUCCAGUGGAGGUCGCACCCAAAGCUCCGUUGCCGAUGCCCCCGGCUCCCCCCCCUUCAGUGGCUGCCUCCAAACCAGGGAAAACAAGUUCAUCCGAGCCCCCUCCUGAGGGCGAGACGGCGAUCUUCCUCCACGGUCAAGAGAAGAUCUGGAAAGGACUAAUCAACAUGCAGUCUGUGGCCAAGUUUGUGACCAAGGCUUAUCUGGUGUCAGGAUCCUUUGAAUACCUGAAGGAGGAUUUGCCAGACACCAUUCACAUUGGAGGACGGAUAUCUCCAAGCACAGUGUGGGACUACGUUGGAAAACUGAAAACCUCACUCACAAAGGAACUAUGUUUGAUCCGUUUCCACCCGGCCACAGAGGAGGAGGAAGUGGCAUACGUCUCUCUCUUCUCCUACUUCAGCAGCAGGAAACGAUUUGGUGUGGUGGCUAACAACAACCGACGUAUCAAAGACCUCUAUCUCAUCCCUCUGAGCUCAAAGGACCCGUUACCCUCCAAACUCUUACCGUUUGAUGGGCCAGGGCUUGAACCUGCUCGUCCUAACCUCCUCUUGGGUCUACUGAUCUGCCAAAAGGACAAAAAGCGAGCUGGUGGUCCGUUAGAAACUGAGGAAAAACGAUCAAAGAUUCAAAACAGAGAUACUGAUGACACUGGCCUUCCAAAAAUAUCUUCUUCAGUCAGAGGGGACAGAAGCUCGCGACAGAGUCUGGAAAUCCCCUUCAGCACCACUCCUCCAGGGUCACCUCCUUCUAACUCUUCUGAGACCUCCAGCAGCACCACAGCCACCCCCUCUGUCUUUUCCCUUUUGUCCUCUUUCAAAGCUACAUCCACUGUCACCGGCAAGGAGUCACCAUCCUCAUCCAGCUCUGUUGCUUCCUCUGCUGCUACGCCUCUUCAAACGAUCCUCAACACUCUUUUUGGGAAGAAAAAGCACGACUCAGAAGCUUCCAACUCUCCGUCUGAUAACAGUGGGGAACUCACCAUCCCGUCCGCCUCGAUGCUUGACCCCAUUGUGCAGCAGUUUGCACAGAGUUCUAAAGAGAAACAGGUGGAGGAGGACGAAGAUGACCGACCGUACGAUCCAGAAGAAGAGUAUGACCCCAGUAUGGGCUACAAUGUGCCUAAGAAGUCUGUGGAGAUGGAAAUCAAACCUAAAAUCUCUAAGCAGCCUGAGGUGGUUGCAAAUGAAGCUGAUGAUGUAGCUUACGAUCCAGAGGAUGAGUCAAUUUUUGAAGAUGUCAAACCUGUUGUACCAGUUCAAGUUAAGGUUGAGUCUCUUACUGAUGCACAAAAGAUCUUGGAGAGCCUUAAACAGAUUGGGGAUCAAGCAUUCCAGAAACAGGGAGAACAUCAAAAAUCCUCUACGGUGACACCUGAUAUUUCAUUGACACUUCCAGACACACUCUUAACCACACCUGUAACAUCCCUUUUGGCCAAUUCUCAGCUACUGCAGCUUGGCAAAAAGGUUGAGGAACUAAUAAAGUCUACAUCAGUUGCUCCCUUGAUCAACCAAAGGAGAGAUCCCCGACAGAGCAGGGAUCCUCGCCAGGCUGCAGACGACAACAAACCGACUGAAGAACCUGAGGAGCAAGAAGAACCAUCUGCUCCGGUGGUGGAUUCUACAGCUGUUUCACAACCUGUGGUUCAAGAGGCUAAUCUGGAUAAAGUUACUGAACUCCCAGACUCCUCAGAAGCCCAAGAGACAACGCUGCCUCUUGAGGAAGUGAAAAGCGAGACGCUACCCUUCCUAACGUCAGACGAAAUGGAGGUAGCAAUUCCAUUAUUAGGAGAGGACGUGGAACCUGAUAUGGAAGUCAACUAUAUGGAUGAGCCAGAAGUCAAAACUGUGGAAGCUGAGCCAAUCAAGCCAGAAACGGAAUUGGACAAGUACAGUAUUUGGCCAAAUGCUGCCAGUAUCUUAAAAGCUAAUGAAGAAUCAGAUUAUGAUGAUAAUAGCCAAGAUGUGCCAUCCAGAAGUUAUUAUAACGAGCAUGCAAACACAUCCCAAAGACCUUCCACAAUCCCAGUACUCACUCAGAGCACAAAAAUGGUCGACACUCCGCACUCGCUUGAGCACCAUCACAUGCCGCAUCACAGGUCAGGCUUCGAUAGAGAGUACAGACCUCCAGCUGACAUUCCCCCCCCAUCAAACUUCCCCCCGCACCAUCCGAUGCAGGGACAAAAUAUGGUUUUAAGGCCUCCUCCGAUGUCUAUACCACCACACAUGCAGGGCCACCCUCCAGUGUCAGGCCACCCUCCAGUGUCAGGCCACCCUCCUAUGCAGAGACCCCCUCCACCCAUGCAUGUUCAUCCCCCUGUCCGUGGUCCUCCCCCUAUGCAGGGUGAUAACAGCCAACAAUAUGGUCCACCUCCAACCGCAUACCCUCCUUAUCAGAACCAGUGGCAAGGCUCCCAACCACCGCCGCAGCAGCUUCCUUCUGUACCACCUCCCCAUAAUAUCAUGCCCCUCCGAGGACCACCACCACAAUUUCCUCCAAUGGCCCAGAGAGGCCCUGCUCCCCAAAUGUUUAAUCCCUCCAUUCCCCCCCAGCACAUUGUACAGCAAGGUCUCCCUCCAGGCCUGCCCCCACCUCCUACUUUUGAUGGACAGAAUCUUCCACCAAGAUUUGGGGGUCCACCACCAUUUAACUUCCCUGCAAACAGAGGUCCUCCUCCACCUUUCGCUGGGCCACCCCAUAGUCACUUUGAAAACAGACUCCCUCCUCCGUCCCACUUUCAAGGGCCCAGGGGUCCCCCGCCACCUCAGUAUGGUGACCAACGGGCUCAACCCGCAAUGGGGGACCAACCUCGAGGCCCUGCAGAACAUUAUAACAGAGAAAACCCUAACUCUUUCAAACCAAACGUGGAGCAGAAUCCAAACCCUCUACAUAUUUAUAAAGACAGUCAGGGUCCCCCGCCAGGUCCAGCCUACCGGGGUCCGCCACAUAAUCAGUAUGAGGACAGAAGAGGUCCACCUUCCAUUGGCGAGGUAAGCGGACAGCACUUAAAUCCUCAUAACCAGUACGAGAGCUCCAGACCCCUCUCUUCACCUCCACGUCGAGGAUCUUUUGAUGAGCACCGGGGGCCCCCCUCUCAGGAGAAUAGACCCCAUCCCUCUGAGCGUUUUGGAGGAUCCGAGCGAUACCGCUUGGACAGGCACUCUGAUGAACCUAGACCUAUCCGUCACUCUGGGCCUCUACUGCCAACUCCUCCAGAGGCUCCCAUUGGUCCUCCGAGUCGCAUGGGAGCUCACAGUCCAGACUUGCACCGGGACGACCCCUGGAGGCGCCACUCUCCUGAAAUGAGGAGGAAGAGCGGCUCCACCCGAGAGGACUCAGAACCUCGCAUCGGAGAGCGCUUCAGUCGCUUCGAAGGAGGGCACAGAGAAUCUGCUCCUGGUCCCUUACAACCCUCUGAAGAGAGACAGAGGGAGCUGUCCGAGGACCGCCGGAGGGAAAGAGAACGGGAUGUCCCACACCCAGGCAGGCCCUUAUGGGACAGGGGCCAGGACAGGCGGUGGAGCAGAGAGCCGGAGUGGGAUAGAGCCAGAGAAAGGGACCAUGAUCCAGAGCGUAACCGGGAAAGAGAACGCGAUCCCGAGCAUCCCCGAGAAAGAGAACGCGAUCCGGAGCAUCCCCGGGAAAGAGAACGCGAUCCGGAGCAUCCCCGGGAAAGAGAACGCGAUCCGGAGCAUCCCCGGGAAAGAGAACGCGAUCCCGAGCAUCCCCGGGAAAGAGAACGCGAUCCCGAGCAUCCCCGGGAAAGAGAACGCGAUCCCGAGCAUCCCCGGGAAAGAGAACGCGAUCCCGAGCAUCCCCGGGAAAGAGAACGCGAUCCCGAGCAUCCCCGGGAAAGAGAACGCGAUCCCGAGCGUAUCCGAGAAAGAGAACGCGAUCCCGAGCGUAUCCGAGAAAGAGAACGCGAUCCGGAUCGUACCAGAGAACGGGAUCCGGAUCGUACCAGAGAAAGGGAACGUGAUCCUGAUCGUACCAGGGAAAGAGAACGGGAUCCGGAGCGCACCCGGGAAAGAGAGCGUGAUCCGGAGCGCACCCGAGAAAGAGAUGUUGAUCCGGAGCGCAGCCGAGAACGUGAUCCUGAGCGCAACAGAGAAAGGGAUCACGAUACGGAGCGUCCUCGAGAAAGAGAACGGGAUCCGGAGCGUACCAGAGAAAGAGAAAGGGACCCGGAGCGUCCCCGAGAAAGAGAUCAUGAUCUGGAGCGCAGCCGUGAAAAAGAACGGGAUCCGGAGCGUACUCGGGAAAGAGAGCGCAGCAGAGGGAAGGAGGGCGAGAAGGCCAAGGAGACGGAGGUGGAGCGACACAGGGAUCAAGACACAGACAAGAGAAGAGACCGGGAAAGAGACAGAGCCAGGGAUUCUGACAGGAGGGACCACGACCGCGAUAGAGGGAGAAACCGCGAUCGAGAACGAGAGCGCGAGCGUGAUCGAGAGCGGGACAAAAAACGGGAUAGAUCCCGUAGCAAGGAAAGAGACCGGGACAGAGACCGUGGGAAAGACCGAGUCAGAGAGAAGGAGAGAGACAGAGAGAGGGACAAAGACAGGGAUCGUCGGGACAGGAGCAGAAGCCGAGAUAAAAGAGAGGAAAAAAAGGACAGUAAACACGAUACACCUAAGGAGAAGGACAAAACUGCAGAAAAUGACAAGAACGUGUCCUAGUCAGUUUUAAGGACACUACACAACGUUUUUGAAAGAGAGUUCAAUCUUUCACCGGUUGAAAAAGAGUUGUAUCACUGUAAAUGUAUAUGAGCAGUAUUUCGUAAAAUGUCCACAGUUGUAUUCAUACUAGAAAGUUUGACAAUGUUUGUAUUAUUUUUGUCACUUAAAGGUUUCUAACUUGUUUUACCACAUUUGAAAAACAAAAAACUGAAGGCUAUUUUUGUUGCUUGUGUUCAAGAUGUUUAACGUGGGCAACAGAGUCCUAUUACACGUACCUUUCUCCUGUCCAAGCAGUUCUUUUUUUUAUUAAGAAAACAAUAAUGUAACACACCAUUUGCAAUAUGUAAAUAUGAAUGUAUUUGUGUAUAUACUGAUGUUUUUAAUCAUACUUUUCUAAGUAGUGAAAAAUUAAAGCCAUAUAUCUGAGAUGGAUAAUGUGAAAGUAAAGGAAACACUGUUUACAGGCAAAUGUGUGUUUAAUGUCUAGCACCAAUGAAGCGAAAGGCUCCAACUAUCUACAAUAUUCAUCCCAUCAAUGGUUGUAAAUAAUGUCCUGAUUUUGUUUCAGCUCAACCAAUUAAACCUGUUUGAUGACA